AUGGCCAAGCGGAGGAACGUUGAGAGGAUGGCUGCCCAUCGAAAGGCCAAGGCCGAGCAAAACCAACCUCUGCGACCUCCACCUGACGCUAGGGAAGAGACUCCACCUGCUCUCGUUGAGGAGGUGGUUCAGACUGUUGUGGCCGAAACAGAGCCUGUGGCGAGAAGGAUAGCUGAGAUUGGUCGUCGCCAAUAUGAUGCUAUCAAGCAGAUCGGCCUUCUCACUGCCAGAGUGAAGAACAAGAAGGGAAAGGCAGCAGAGGCCUCUCUCAAGGCCGAAUCUGAGGCCAUUAAAGUGGCGGUAGAGAGAGCGAGGGCCAAUGCCAAAGAAGAUAAGGCCAAGGCUACUGAUAGACUGAGAUUGGCCGCCGAAGAGAGGACGGGUGCUAGUGAAGAAGCACUCAAAUUGGCCAAGAGACAAUUGCAAGUGGCGGGAAGGAUAGCUGAGAUUGGUCGUCGCCAAUAUGAUGCUAUCAAGCAGAUCGGCCUUCUCACUGCCGAAAUGAAGAACGAGAAGGGAAAGGCAGCAGAGGCCUCUCUCAAGGCCGAAUCUGAGGCCAUUAAAGUGGCGGUAGAGAGAGCGAGGGCCAAUGCCAAAGAAGAUAAGGCCAAGGCUACUGAUAGACUGAGAUUGGCCGCCGAAGAGAGGACGGGUGCUAGUGAAGAAGCACUCAAAUUGGCCAACGAGACAAUUGGCAAGUUGGAGGCUGACUUGGAGGAGUCAAGGAGGGCGAUGGCAAACGCCGAGUCGAAAAUUUCCAAGUCGUUCCAGGCUGGCAAAGAUGCGGCCUUGGCUGACUACGCAGAAGAAGUGCCGAAGUUUGAAAACAGGGAGUUCAAACAGGGCUGGUUCAAAGCCUUGGCUGCCGCUAACGUGGUAUCGGAGCAGCCGAUUCUGUACGAGCAGGUAGACGUUGAGCCGCUGGCAUCUAACCCCGAAGACUGA